AUGAGCCAACACGCAAGCUUAGUGGAGUUUUUCUUGCACUUCGAGGUGGCAAUAGAUACCCAGCGGCAUAAACAAGCAAAGCUUAAUGCGGAUUGUGAAAGUAAGUUUCCAGAGAUGAAAACCCCGUUGAAGAUCGAGCGGCAUGCCGCAGCUAUUUACACCAUAGCUAUUUUUUAUGAUGUGCAAGUGGAGAUUCAUGCAGGGUGUGUCACGUCCCGAAUCGUAUCUAAGACGAGUGAGGACGAUUCUAUACACUUCGUGGUUGAAGAUGGUGAUGGGGGAUUAUUCGAUGUGUACGCGAAUAAUGAUGACUUGUCAUUUGAUUGCUCAUGUCGAAUCUUUCAAAGGGUUGGGUUGUUGUGCAGGCAUGUGUUUGUGUUGUUAAAGGAUUCCCGCGUAGACAUCAUUCCGCCGCAAUAUAUUGUUGCAAGAUGGACUCGAGCCUACAACAGCGAGGUGUGUAGGGAGGACAACAUAGGUGUUGUUACGGAUGCAAAUUCUGCACUCACGCAAGUAUGGAAUGAGUUUUACAAUUGUAUCGGUCGUGCAUGUGGAAAUACCGACCGCCUGUUGGAGUUGGCAACAUUAUUGAAAGCUCAUAGUGAGACAUCCACAAAUGGAAACCCGGCUAUUACCCCAAGUACUGCUAAGGUAAGUGUUAUCCAUUCGUUCUGUGGCUCGCCAACGUCAGCCGAUCAGGUUGUUCGGCCACCUAAUAUUGCUAAGAAUAAGGGGUCUGGGAAGCGAUUGAAAUCGACAAGAGAGAAGAUUGCCGAGAAAGCAACUGAGGCUAAACGGUUGUGUAGGACUUGCAAGCAGUUAGCGCACCAUGAUAGUCGUAAUUGCCCCGAGGCGUAG